UUUUUUUUUUUAUAAAUGUUCAAGCAAAUACUGUCAAAACGAGCUUAUUCAAAAGCGGUAGGGUUUCAACCAAAACUCGAUUACACAGCCUUAUCCAACCAUGCCAGUGCUAUUACACAAAACAUGAAGGCACGCAACCAUGUCACAGUGGACAUGACUGAGUUUGUGCGCUUGAAUGAGAAACGACUUUCCUUAUAUAAUCAAUUGACAGCAUUACGGUCCAAGCGAAAUGAAGUGUCAUUAGCUACACAAGCCGCUAAGUCCAAGGAGGCACGUUCUGUAUUUAUUGCCGAGGGACAACAAAUCAAGGCGCAAGUCAAGCGUGUACAAGAAGACCUGAGCGAGACAGAAGAAGGGUUAUUAGAAAGAGGUUUGAGGAUUCCUAAUGAGACACAUGGGGACAGCCCUGUGGGGCCUGAGAGUCAAGCAAGAGUAGUGAAAAUAGUGGGUACACCACGCAAAGAAGAAGAAGGAUUAAAAGAUCAUGUAGAAAUUGCGCAAGGGUUGAAUAUAUUGGAUUUAGAACAAGCGGCCGUGGCAAGUGGGAGCAGUUUUUAUUAUUUGCAAGGGAUGGGUGCGUUUUUAGAAAUGGCGCUUGUACAAUAUGCCAUGCAUAAGGCAGCAAGUCGAGGAUUUAUGGGUGUGAUGACACCGGAUAUUGUACGCACGCAAUUGGCUUAUGGAUGUGGGUUUCAACCCAAACGAGGAGAGAGUUCGCAAAUCUAUGGGAUUUCGGAGGAUCAGUGUUUGGCGGGGACAGCGGAAAUUCCAUUGGCAGGGAAAUUUGCUACUCGCUUAUUGAACGAGGAGGAAUUACCACAGAAGUUAGUGGGGUUUGGUCAUGCCUUUCGAACAGAGGCAGGUGGAAGAGGCUUAACCACUAAAGGAUUGUAUCGUGUACAUCAGUUUUCAAAGGUCGAAUUAUUUGCCGUCACCACACACGCUCAGAGCGAAGAGAUGAUGGCUCAGAUUCUCAAGUUACAGGAAGACAUUUUUACCGAUUUGGGGCUUUGUUUUAGAAUUUUAGAUAUGCCUACAGAGGAAUUAGGCGCUAGUGCCUAUCGAAAGUUUGAUAUGGAAGCGUGGAUGCCUGGUAGAGGCACAUGGGGCGAGAUCUCUUCAACAUCGAAUUGCACAGACUACCAAUCACGACGACUAUCGAUUCGAUAUCGACCUAAAUAUCAGACUGGCGAUCAACAUACACGUUUCUGUCAUACAUUAAACGGUACAGCCAUGGCCGUACCUCGCAUGAUUAUAGCCAUUCUUGAGACUUUUCAAAGAAAAGAUGGGUCUGUUGAGAUUCCUCGUGUCUUACGAAAAUGGCUUCCUGGCGAACCCUCGCACCUUUUUGUUUAAUUAUAUAUAUAUAAAAAAAAAUUGUAAUUUUUUU